UAUCAUCAGUCAAAGAAUCUUUAAAGCCAACGUGCCUUCUCCCGAAUCUGACCCUGUAUACCACAAGGUAAUUCACACCAGACUUCGCUGCCGUGCAGCUCCUCGUUUCUGUCCUUUGUAACCAUGUCUAAACUCCAUACCGACUUCAAGGCUGAACUGCGCACAAGGGCCAAUGAGAGUUUAAAGCGUCAUUUUGAACGAGAGGAGCAUGCAACUCGAAAUGUCAACAUCCCACCUCCUUCGGAAGAGAUGAUCAAGUCUUUUACAGAGCAUCUGAUUCGGUCGAAGAGGAUAUUGGCGCUCAUCGGUGCAGGUCUUUCCGCAGCAUCAGGAAUCCCCACAUAUCGCGGAGCAGGUGGUUUCUGGAGAAGCUACUCUGACAUACAACUGGCCACGAAGACAGCCUUUGACGAGGACCCGAGCCUCGUGUGGCAGUUCUACAAUUACAGGCGACACCAAGCUCUCACGGCAGAUCCCAAUUCUGCGCAUCACGCUUUAGCAGAGUUGGCAAAGAGAAAGCCAGGCUUUUUGGCCGUAAACCAGAAUAUAGACGGUCUCUGUAGACGAGUUGGACAUCCGCCUACUCAGAUAAUUGACUUACAUGGAUCACUGUUUCGCGUCAAAUGUUCAAACGAAGCAUGUGGCUACAAUGCUGAGGAUUACAACGAUCCUAUCACACCAGCCCUCAGUCUGACCAAGGACUACGAUAACGAUGUUACGAAGGCUGACAUCCCGCUUGCUAAGAUCGACCAUACCGAUCUUCCUAUUUGUCCAUUGUGCACCGAUGCGCUCUUACGACCCGCAGUCGUGUGGUUUGGAGAGUCCAUUCCAGCAGACAAAGCCUCAGGGAUCGACAAAUGGUUAGCUGGCGAUACCUUCAACCAAGCUACAGCAGGAUUAGAUUCCGUUGGUGGCCAAGUUGACCUCAUGCUGGUAGUUAGAACAUCAGCAGUUGUUUACCCAGCGGCUGCUUACAUUCAGCAGUGUAGGAAGCGCGGUGCACGUGUAGCAUUCUUCAACAUGGAGGUAGCGGCGGCAGGUGCAGCGCGACCGGAACCUGGCGAUUGGUCUUUUCAAGGUGAUGCCUCGAAACUCAUUCCUCAGGCUCUAAGAACUUAUCUAGAGCUGUCGGAUUUGUAGAGGCCAUAGCCCUAUCUUUAACGCUGCCAGGUUCUCGAAUUGUACCAGUCACAGCUUUGCACUACAUGGAAAUUCGGAAACCGUCGCCUACAUGUUACCAUAAAGACAGGUAGUGCCCCCGAGUCUUACUCAAGCAAACCGU